GACCCGGAAGCGGAUCGCGCGGAGCAACGGGCACGCUCGGAUGUUGAUGGAUGGGCUGGAUUGAUGUGGAACUUUGUUCCAGCAGAGCCCAUCCGUUCAUGAUGCAGAGACUGCUCAGACAUCAUCUCCACAGUAUAACCUUACCUGAGAAAGAAGACCAGAAGAGGGAAAAAAGGAGGAAUGUCUCUUUUCCAGGGGCCGUUGACAUUCAGGGAUGUGGCCAUAGAAUUCUCUCAGGAGGAGUGGGAGUGCCUGGACCCCGCUCAGAGGGCCUUGUACAGGGACGUGAUGUUGGAGAACUACAGGAACCUGGUCUCCCUGGGUGAGGAUAACUUCUCUCCAGAAAUUGGAAUCCCUUCUGAUGGAUUUGCAAUCAAAGAAUUAUCACCAACAGAGGACAUUAAUAAAGGCGAAUUUUACCACUUAGUGAUAUUGGAGAGAAAUGAAAGUUAUGGAAUCAAGGAUUUUGAUCUCCAGGAAUCCUGUGAAAAUAUGCAUGAGUUUGAAAGUCAGUGGGGAUAUGAUGCAAGAAAUUACAAAGAAGUGCCUUUGUCCCAUAACAAAAAUCUCACCUGUAGAAAAGACCAGCAACUUAAUCAGACCUUAGUUACUCUUCCUGAAAAGCAGAGUGUUUCUGUAAGAAAUAAUACAUACCAGUAUUUCAUGGAUGAUGAGCCAUUUAUGAGGAAUUUGCUAAAAAUGGACAAUAACAGAAGUGGUGCUGGAAACCAGUACAUAAACUGCAUGGAAAAUAGAAUUGGAUUAAGUUUGCAGGCACAUCUGGCUGAACUGCAGAGAUUUCACAAUGAGGAGAAAAUGUGUGACUGUAAUCCGACUGAGAAGUCUGUCAACAGUGGUUCCUCAGUCUCACCACUUCAAAGAAUUCCUCCCAGUACCAAAAACAUUUGGAACAAAUACAGGAAGGUUUUUAAGUAUCCUUUGUUACCUGCACAAUACAGGAGAGCAUACACUAGAGGAAUUUCUUACAAAUGUAAUGACUGUGGGAAGGCUUUUAGCAAAAGUGCAAACCUCAUGAGUCAUGAGAGAAUUCAUUCUGGACAGAGACCUUACAAAUGUAAUGACUGUGGCAAAGCUUUUACGGACCGUUCAAAUCUUAUUCAUCAUAGAAAAAUCCAUACUGGAGAGAAACCUCACAAAUGUAACGAGUGUGGCAAAGCAUUUACCCAAUUUGGAAACCUUGCUAGGCAUCAGAAAACACACACUGGAGAGAAACCACACAAAUGUAAUGUGUGUGACAAAGCUUUUACUCGAAGUUCAAGCCUUAUGGCACAUCAGAGAAUUCAUACAGGAGAAAAACCUUAUAAAUGUAAUAAAUGUGAUAAGGCUUUUAUCAAACAUUCACACCUUUGGGGUCAUGAGAGAACUCAUACUGGGGAGAAACCUUACAAAUGUAGUGAGUGUGGCAAAGCCUUUGCUGAGCGUUCACAUCUUACUCAACAUAGAAAAAUCCAUACUGGAGAGAAACCUUACAAAUGUAAGGAGUGUGGCAAAGCAUUUACCCAAUUUGCAAAUCUUACUAGGCAUCAGAAAAUACACACUGGGGAGAAACCAUACAAAUGUAACGUGUGUGACAAGGCUUUUACCGAAAGUACAAGCCUUAUGAGACAUCAGAGAAUUCAUACAGGAGAAAAACCUUAUAAAUGUAAUAAAUGUGAUAAGACUUUUAGUAAACGUUCAGACCUUUGGGGUCAUGAGAGGACUCAUAGUGGAGAGAACAAAUGUAAUGAGUGUGGCAAAGCCUAUACGAAUCUUGCUCAGCAUAAGAAAAUCCAUACUGGAGAGAAACCUUAUGAAUGUAAUGAGUGUGGCAAAGCUUUUAUGAGGCAUCAGAAAAUACAUGUGAAAAGAAAGAGUAUAAACUAUAUCAUUUGUGGUGGUGCUUUUAUUCAAAGUUUAAGCUUUGGGUGUCAUGAAAGAACUCAAAGUGGAAAGAAACCUUGCACGUCCAUCACCGAUACUGACCACCCGGCUUUAACUUCAUUAAACAAGGAGCUGUCACUGUCCGGGUCUCGGUCGCCCCACGAGGACCCCCGGCCCCAGGUAGCAUCGCUGCUUCGCCUCUCCCGCUGGAGGCCAAUCUCCACCGCUCCAUGGGCUAAAAAUGUUUCCAUGGGCACCGCGAUCAACUUGUCAAAUACCACCACUCCCAACAGAAGCGGCCCACCCUUCCCUAACCUUGUGCCCAGCCUGGCUCCAAACGACACCAGCGGGACUGGAAGGAAUCCAAAAGCAGAACCCGAAACCGCGGGGCAGGAAGGACAAACAGAAGACCAAACGGCAGGUCCCCGUGUGGUGCAAGGCUGGAGACCUAACGCGCCGGGGUCCCGCCCACACCCGCCGCUUCCGCAACCGCCCCGGCUCCGCCCUGAGAGCGCCCCGGCUGACCGACGAGACCCAUGCGCAUGCGCGCUUUCCUGCAGACCCGGAAGCCGACUUCCCGGAGCAACGGGGCGGUUGACCUUCAGGGAUGUGGCCAUAGAAUUCUCUCAGGAGGAGUGGGAGUGCCUGGACCCUGCUCAGAGGGCCUUGUACAGGGACGUGAUGCUGGAGAACUACAGGAACCUGGUCUCCCUGGGUGAGGAUAACUUCCCUCCCGAAGUCGGAAGCCCUUCAGCUGGAUUUGUAAUCAAGGAAUUAUCACCAAUAGAGGACAUUAAUAAAGGAGAAUUGUGCCACCUGGUAAUACUGGAGAGAAAUGAAAGUCAUGGCAUCCAGGAUUUUGAUCUCAAGGAAGUCUGGGAAAAUAUGCAUGAGUUAGAGACUCAGUGGGAGUAUGAUGCAAGAAAUUACAAAGAAGUGCCUUUGACCCAUGACAAAAAUCUCACUUGUGGAAAAGACCGGCAACUUAAUCAGUCCUCAGGUACUCUUCCUGAAAAGCAGAGUGUUUCUGUAAGAAAUAAUAUGUACCAGUAUUUCAUGCAUGAGGAGCCAUUUAUGAGGAAUUCGUUAAAACUGGGCAGUAACAGAAGUGGUUCUGGAAACCAGUACAUAAACUGCGUGGAAAAUAGAACUGGAUUAAGUUUGCAGGCACAUUUGGCUGAACUCCAGAGAUUUCACAGGAAGGAGGAAAUGUAUGAAUGUAGUAAUCCAAUUGAGAAGUCUGUCAGCAAUGGUUCCUCAGUCUCACCACUUCAAGGAAUUCCUCCCAGUACCAAAAACAUUUGGAAUAAAUCUAGGAAGAUUUUUAAAUAUCCUUUGUUACCUGCACAAGACAGAAGAGCAUACACUAGAGGAAAAUCUUACAAAUGUAAUGACUGUGGGAAGGCUUUUAGCAAAAGCUCAAAUCUCAUGAGUCAUGAGAGAAUUCAUUCUGGACAGAGACCUUACAAAUGUAAUGACUGUGGCAAAGCCUUUAUGGAGCGCUCACAUCUGACUCGACAUAAGAAAAUCCAUACUGGAGAGAAACCUUACAAAUGUAAUGAAUGUAGCAAAGCCUUUGCUGAGCGUUCAGGCCUUACUCAACAUGAGAAAAUCCAUACUGGAGAGAAACCUUACAAAUGUAAUGAGUGUGGCAAAACUUUUAAGCAGUGCUCCCACCUCAUUAGACAUCAGGAUACACAUCCUGGAGAGAAACCAUACAAAUGUGAUGUAUGUGGCAAGGCUUUUAUCCAAAGCUAUAACCUUAUAGAACAUCAGAGGAUCCAUACAGGAGAAAAACCAUAUAAAUGUAGAAAAUGUCAUAAGGCUUUUAGCAGACGUUCAAACCUCUGGGGUCAUGAAAGAACUCAUACUGGACAGAAACCUUACAAAUGUAAUGAAUGUGGCAAAGCUUUUACCAAAUUUUCAAAUCUUACUACACAUCAGAAAAUACACACUGGAGAGAAACCAUACAAAUGUAAUGUGUGUGACAAGGCUUUUAUCCAAAGUUCAAACCUUACUGACCAUCAGAGAAUUCAUACAGGUGAAAAACCUUAUAAAUGUAAUAAAUGUGAUAAGUCUUUUAUCAAACGUUCACAUCUUUCGGGUCACGAGAGAACUCAUACUGGAGAGAAACCGUUCAAAUGUACUGAGUGUGGAAAAGCCUUUACGGAACGUUCACAUCUUACUCAGCAUAAGAAAAUCCAUACUGGAGAGAAACCUUAUAGAUGUAAUGAGUGUGGCAAAGCUUUUACCCAAUUUGCAAACCUUACUAGGCAUCAGAAAAUACAUAGUGAAAAGAAACAGCAUAAACCUAAUAUGUGUGGCAGUGCUUUUAUUCAAAGCUCAAGCUUUGGGGAUCAUCAAAGAACUCAUAGGAGAAAGAAACCUUGCAAAUAAAAAGAGCAAGGCUUACUCAACGGCAGAGAUUCCAUCAUGGAGAGGAACCAUAUGAAACUAACAUGUGGCAAAGCUUGUAACCAUGGCUCACACCUCCCCGAUAUCAGAAUAUAAAUCUCUAAAAGAAAGCACACAAAUGGAUUGUAUGGCAAGGCUUAUCCAAAGCUUAUUAUGUCUUGUGAAUGUAAUUUUUACUAGAGGGAAACCUUACAAAUGUAAUGAGUAUGAUCAGGUUUAUAAAAAAUGUACAGAUUGGGGAGGGGGGUAAAAUAGGUGGAUGGGAUUAAGAGGUACAGACUUCCAGUGAUUAAAAAAAACCCAAAAUGUA